UCUUUCCCGUGAAACAGCAGACGGCUUGCUGUUUCGGAGACGUGCUACACUCCGUUUUGAUUUUUGAUAAUCUAUGUGAUGGCAUACAGUUGUGUGCUGCGAUGUCUGCGUCCUAGAAAAGGCUUUUCUAGCAAUAUCACCCCGUUAACAAGAUGUUUUUCAACAUCAAAGGCGAUGCACGAAGUAGGGGAACAUUCGCCCCAGGUGAAGUACACUCACAUGCCAGGAACAACUCUGGGUUACACAGACACCAUGGAAUUCAGAUCUGAAGAUGCUUACAAGGGGAUGAAGCUCUACAGGGUUUUGGACACAAAUGGAAAAGUGAUCAAAGAGUCCGAGGAUCCCAAGUUGGAUAAAGGGUUUCUCCAGAAGCUCUACAAAAACAUGGUGAUGACAAACGUCAUGGACCGAAUCAUGUACGAGUCUCAGCGUCAGGGCCGGAUCUCCUUCUACAUGACUCACCACGGUGAAGAGGGGACGCUCUUCGGCAGUGCGGCUGCCCUCGACGACAAAGAUCUCGUCUUUGCGCAGUACAGGGAGUACUGUGUGCUUAUGUGGAGGGGCUUCUCGUUAAACCAGACGAUGCUUCAGUGCUACUCCACGAAGCUCGACUACGGCAAAGGACGUCAAAUGCCCAUCCAUUACGGGUCCACGGAGCACAAUUAUGUCACAAUAUCGUCAACGCUUGCCACACAGAUGCCACAGGCCGUGGGCAGUGCGUACGCUUACAAGCAGGCCCGCAAGAAACAGAUUGUCAUCUGCUACUUUGGCGACGGUGCCUCAAGCGAGGGGGAUGCUCACGCCUCUUUCAAUUUUGCUGCAACCCUGCAGUGUCCAAUCAUUUUCUUUUGUCGCAACAAUGGUUACGCAAUUUCGACGCCCACGUCUGAACAGUACAGGACAGAAGGAGUAGCGAACCGGGGACCAGCUUAUGGAAUUACGUCCAUUCGUGUCGACGGCCAGGACGUUUUAGCCGUUUAUAACGUUGUGAAGGCCGCGCGGAAGAUUGUUGCGGAAGAGCAGAAGCCUGUGCUCAUCGAGUCUAUGACAUACAGAAUCGGCCAUCACAGCACAUCUGACGACAGUACGGCAUACCGGUCUGUCGACGAGGUCCGGAUAUGGAAUGAGCAAGGACAUCCAAUCAGCAGGCUGUACAAUUACUUAAUGGACAGAGAUUAUUGGAGCGAAGCAGAAGACAAAGACUGGAAGGAUUCCUGCCGCAAACAGGUGAUGCAAGCCAUACAGAUGGCAGAGAAGGUGGACAAGCCAGCUGUACAGGAGAUGUUUACGGACGUCUACAAGGACAUGCCGCCCAGCCUGCAGGAACAGAUGAAGCUGUUGCUAAAUCACGUAGAGGAAUACAAAGAGCACUAUCCGAAAAAUUUUGCAAAAAGUUGAAGAGCACCAUGCCCUUUCUGUUUAUCACCUUAGAUUUUAUAUGUAAAUUUUUGUUGUUGCAGAAAAUUUCCCAGUGACGUGCCAUAGACUAUUUACGUUCCUUCACUUGCAAAGGUCGCACAAACUUGCACCUAGAAGUCACCAAAAAUAUAUUGGAUGUAUUGACAUUACUUGUGAGCCAACAUUAUAGAGUUUAUUCGUGUUGAACGUUUCCGCACAGUGUGUUGUACAAAUGUAAUGAUUGGGUGUAAAUAAAUGGGAGACAUUGA